CCAGCGAGCUGUCAAUCACGCCCUCCGCUCCUUCUCAUUGGCUCCCGUUUGUUGUCGGGCCCGUCCUGCACCCCUUACGCCUCGCCCCUUAGAGCACCAUCAGCGAAUCGGAAUGCGGGGCGUGGCAGCAGCCCCUUUUGCCAGCCACCCAUUGGCUGCCGCGCAUGGUGGGGCGGAGCGGCCCCGCGUGUCAUGUGAGGGCGCGGUCACGUGAGCGCGGGUGCCAUGGCGGUGCCCGGGGCGGCGGCGCUGCCGCUGCUGCUGCUCCUGAGCGGGGCGGCCGCGGGCUGCGGGUACCAGUCGUGCCCCCCGACCCGGCCGGACAUGCUGAACGUGCACCUGGUGCCGCACUCGCACGACGACGUGGGCUGGCUCAAGACGGUGGAUCAGUAUUACUACGGGGUGAGGAACAAGGACCAGCACGCAGGUGUUCAGUACAUCCUGGACUCGGUGGUGGCCCACCUGGCCGCUGUCCCCUCGCGCCGCUUUGUCUACGCUGAGGUGGCGUUCCUGGCGCGCUGGUGGCAGCAGCAGGACACGGCCACGCGCAGGCUGGUCAGGGAGCUGGUGCAGCAGGGGCGGCUGGAGCUGGUCGGGGGGGGCUGGUGCAUGAGUGACGAGGCCGCCGCUCACUAUCGGGGGGCCCUGGAGCAGCUGGCGCUGGGCCGGCGCUUCCUGCGCCGCCUCUUUGGCCCCUGCGGCACCCCCAGGGUGGGCUGGCAGAUCGACCCCUUCGGGCACUCGCGCGAGCUGGCGGCCACCUUGGCGCAGAUGGGGUACGAUGGGCUGUUCCUGGGCCGUGUGGAUCACCAGGACAAGUGGGCUCGGCAGAAGCGCCGCGAGCUGGAGCUGAUCUGGAGGGGCAGCGACAGCCUGGAGCCCCCCCGGGCUGACAUCUUCACUGGGAUCCUGCCCAACGUGUACAACCCCCCCCCGGGGCUGUGCUGGGACCAGCUCUGCACCGACCCCCCCCUGGUGGACGGGGACGGCCCCGAGCGCAACGUGGACGCCGUGGUCACCUCGUUCCUGAAGGCUGCGGCCACACAGGCCCAGCAGUACCGCACCAACCACAUCAUCAUGACCAUGGGCUCCGACUUCCACUACGAGAACGCUCACCUGUGGUUCAAGAACCUGGACAAGCUCAUUGCCCACGCCAACGCCCGGCAAGCCAACGGCAGCCGCGUCCACGCCCUGUACUCCACGCCCUCGUGUUACCUGCGGGAGCUGCACCGCGCCAACCUCACCUGGCCCCUGAAGACGGACGAUUUCUUCCCGUACUCGGACGGGCCCCACCAGUUCUGGACCGGCUACUUCAGCAGCCGCCCGGCCCUCAAGGGCUACGAGCGGCUCAGCAGCGGCUUCCUGCAGGUGUGCAGCCAGCUGGAAUCCCUGGCGGGACCCUCGGUGCGGGCCGGUCCCUACGGGCCCGGGGACAGCUCGGUGCUCCGUGAGGCCGUGGCCGUGGCCCAGCACCACGACGCCGUGGCCGGCACCGAGAGGCAGCACGUGGCCGAUGACUACGCCCGGCAGCUGGCCAAGGGCUGGGACAGCUGCCAGGUGCUGGUGGCCAACGCUCUGUCCGUUCUCGGGGGCAUCAAGGAGCCGCUGGUGUUCUGCAAUGCCCUCAACAUCAGCGUGUGCCCGCUCACCGAGGCCACCCCUGAUUUCACCGUGAUCCUCUACAACCCCCUGGCCUGGGACGUCACCUGGCCCGUGCGGCUGCCGGUCAGGGCCAGCUCGUACGGAGUCACCGACCCCCAGGGCCGGCCCGUGGCCAGCCAGGUGCUCCCCGUCUCCGGUGUCACCCGGCGGCUCCGGGGCGGCGCCGGGGGGGCUCCAGGGGAGCUCCUGUUCCAGGCCUGGGCCCCCCCUUUGGGCUUCAGCACCUUCCAGGUGCAGCAGCUGAGCCCGGGCAGCACCUGGGACACCCCCAGGUGGCCCUUGGGGACCUCGGGGGACCCCUCAGGUGACGCCGAGCCACAGAUGGAGAACGAGUACCUGCGCGUCCGCUUUGACCCCGUCACGGGGCACCUGCUGGAGAUGCAGAACCUGCGCGAGGGCAUCUCGCUGCCCGUCUUCCAGAGCUUCUACUGGUACAACGCCAGCCCCGGGGACGGGCAGAGCCCCCAGGCCUCGGGCGCUUACAUCUUCCGGCCCCUCACCCCCACACCCAUCCCCGUGGCCAAACGCGCGGCCACGCAGCUGAUCAAGACGGCGCUGGUGCAGGAGCUGCGGCAGAAUUUCUCCGAGUGGUGCUCGCAGGUGCUGCGGCUGCGGCCGGGGCAGCCCUACCUGGAGCUGGAGUGGACAGUGGGGCCCAUCCCCGUGGGGGAUGGGAUGGGCAAGGAGGUGAUCAGCAGGUUCCAGACGCCGCUGCGCUCGGCCGGGCGCUUCUACACCGACUCCAACGGGCGCCAGGUGCUGGAGCGCAGGCGUGACUACCGACCCACCUGGAACCUGACCCAGACUGAGCCCGUGGCCGGCAAUUAUUACCCUGUGAACACCCGGAUCUUCAUCAAGGACCAGAAGGUGCAGCUGACGGUGCUGACGGAUCGGUGCCAGGGCGGCAGCAGCCUCCAGGACGGCUCCCUGGAGCUCAUGGUGCACCGGCGGCUGCUCCACGACGACAACCGCGGCCUGGGGGAGGCGCUGGACGAGCCAGGUGCGGACGGGCGGGGCCUGGUGGCGGGGCGGCACCUGGUGCUGCUGGACACGGUGGGCGCCGCACCUGAGCAGCACCGCCCGCGGGCACAGCAGAUGGCGACCCCGCCCACCGUGGUGCUGGCACCGGGCAGGGGGCCUCACCUGAGACAGGUGUCGGGGCUGCGCCGGGCGCUGCCCCCCAACGUUCACCUGCUGUCGCUGGAGCCGCGCGGGGCCGGGGCCGUCCUGGUGCGCCUGGAGCACCUGUACCAGGUGGGGGAGAGCAGGAACGGAUCCCAGCCGGCCACCGUGGACCUGACG